AUGGUUUCUUCUCCACAUCCAUAUGAUAAAGAAUUACGAAAGCAAAAGAAUAAACAAUUAUAUAUUCCAUUUUAUUCAAUAGCGAAAAAAUAUCCUGUAUGUCUUCGUAUAUUUAUUGCUAUAUUUUGGAUAUUUUUAAUAUUUAUCUUCUUACCAACUUCAAAUUCAAAUAGCCAUUAUUUAAUAGAUAAUGAACCCAAUUUUGAUAAAUAUUUACCGUUAUCCAUAGAAAAUAGCGAAGAAGCUAAUUCAGUUUUCCAAAAUAUUGCCUCGAAUUUUUUGGAUAAUGUAAGUCCACUUUGGAGAGCAUCUGAUUCAACAGAAUCUGAAGAAUCUAUAGAAAAAACGAAGAAGCUAUCUGACCUAUAUUCAGAUUUAACCUUUUCUACUUCUGGUUAUUGGAAAGAUAAAUAUACUUUAGAUGAUUUAUUAACCGUUUGUGUGGGUCCACAUAAAGGUGAAAAACUUAAUACUAUCGAUGAUUUGAAAUUUUAUGAUAGUGAUCCAAGAUUAACUUUGUCAGUUUAUUUCGAUUAUUAUACUGCAUUAUCUGAUAAAUUUGAAAAAGUUAAUAAUGAAAAUAAUAAUGAAAAUACUAAUCUUUUUAAAGAUCCACUAAUACCUUUCUCCUGGUAUGAUUGGGUAGAUUUCCAUGAUUUCAAUAAAUUAAUAUCUUUAGAAAAGACUCAACUAUCAUGCCCCUUUUUCUAUGAAGCAGCUUUUGAAAAUGAGACGUUAACUAAUAUUGAAAAAGAAAUUAGAGAACCUUUAUUUACAUACAAUCGUGAACAUUACAAUCAACCACAUUGGUAUGAUAUUGCCAGAAGUCAAUGGACCAGUAUUAAUAGAUAUCAUAUAGAUAGGUUUUGUAAAAAUCAGAAACCAGAAACUAUAGAUUUUGAUUCAAAAGAGGUUCGAUUCGAUCUACCUUUCCAUGUCAAAAGUUGUUUACAUCAAGUUAGAGUGGAAGUUUACCAAUUGCAAGCAAAAAGUUUUCUGUUAAAUGAAGUGUCGCCGCCAAUUUCAAUAUCAAUUAUUGAAAAUAAAUAUGAUCAAGUCCAUAGAUUCUUUAUUAAUCCUGAUACAAAGAAAAACAUUGUUGAAUCUGGUCUUCUACAAAACUAUAUCUUGAAGAAUAAAAAAAAUAUUGAAACAGAAUCGUAUAGUAAUACUGAAGAGAACGAAAAGAUUGAUUUAGAAUUUGAUCAUCUUGAGAAAUGGGAGAAAUUCAAAAAUUCAAAAAUAUUUAUUAAAAGUAAAGUUUCAAUAAAAGAAUCUGAAACUCCAACAGAUGAAGAAAUGUUUGUUCAUUUGAAAAAAAGUGAUUUUGAAUUUGAUGCAAGAGAAAAAAUCAAAGAAUUAGAGUCAAUAGGAGAUGAUUUAAAUCAACAUGAGCUUAAUUAUUUAAAUUCUUUAAAGGAUACAAUUGCUGAACCAGGCUUUAUGCUAGGGAAAUAUUUCGAAGAACCUGAGGAGAUUUAUAAUUAUGGUAAAAAAGGUGCCCAUCAUGAUAGAAGAUUUUUCAAAAAUUUGGCGGUAUUAAAUCAAGCAGAAAGAGAUCAGAGAUUAAAUUCAAUGAUACGUACUUGGCUGAAAUUUACUAAAAAUAAUGGAUUAGUUACUUGGCUAGCCCAUGGUACUUUAAUUGGCUAUCAAUAUAGUGGUGUCACAUUACCGUGGGAUGCUGAUUUUGAUGUUCAAAUGCCUAUCAGAUAUUUGCAUUUAUUAGCUCAGUAUUUCAAUCAAACAAUUGUCAUGGAGGAUCCGCUUGAAGGGAAUGGUAAAUAUUUGAUUGAUAUAUCUCAUAAUAUUUUGUCAAGAGAUAGGGGUAAUGGAAGAACAAAAAUUGAUGCUAGAUUUAUUGAUAUUGAAUCUGGAAGUUAUAUUGACAUUACUGGUUUAGCUGUGUCAAGUAAUAAAGUUUCAAGAAAUUUUGAAUUUUACGUGAAAGAUAGACUAGAAAAUUCAGAUUGGGAUUGGAACAAAAUUGAUCGUAAGAUGAAAGGUUCUGGUGAAUUAUUGGCUUCUUUAACGAUGAAAGAAAUCACAGAAUUGAUUGAAAAUGGCUUUGAAAAUAAUAGUACAAUUGAUAGAAAAAUUGUCGAUGCAUUAAAGGAUGAAUUUGCCUAUCAUUCGUUAAAAGAAAGUAUUAACCCGUACAAAGACUUAUUGAAAAGUGAUAAUUAUGAAAAGCAAUUUGAUGACCACGAAAGAUAUAUUAUUCACAGGGAACUAGGUUUAUAUAAUUGUCGUGAUGAACAUUUCUAUGAGUUUAAUGAGUUGUCACCUUUGAUUAAAACUGGCUAUCAUGGCGUUGAAGCUUUGAUUCCUCAUGACGUCAUCAGAUUAAUUAACAGAGAAUAUAGAAGUACUUUUGAGUACAAGUAUGAUUCAUUUGAAGGAUUCACAUAUUUACCAGAAUUUAGAAAUUGGGUUGAUUCAAGAUUAAUUACCAAAUGUAGUAAUGGUAGAAAUUGGUAUCCUAUUUUUAAAGAUGGAAUAAAGCAUGGGUUAAACGAUUUAGACAUUGAAGAUUUAAAAAUUUUGGUUGACAAUGUUAAAGAAUAUAACGAUGUUGAGUUAUUGUCGAAUUUUUUCAGAACUAUGGAAAUGACUGCAUAUAGGACAAAGGAGAUAGCAAUUCAGCAUGACAAAUCAUUAACAAAAGGUGAGCAAUUAAAGUUAUUAAAUGAUUUAAGAUUGAAAGUUUUACCAACAGUGAAGAAUCCAGCUAAUGACCCCUUAUUUUAUAAAGAAGAUAAGGAAAGAUGGGAAGAAAUUGUUAAAGGAAUAACAGGAGGGUUUAAUAAUGAACUUGAAUUAAAUAGAAUUCAAAGAGUUAUUGAAGUCGAAAAACAAAAGGUAGCAGAUCAAUUAUGGAGUUUUACAAACGAUCUUUAUAAUAGGAAUAAUUCCUUAUUUUCUAAAUAUAAUGGUUAUGAUGAUCCAUUUAAUGGAAUUGAUGAUAACGGUAAAUAUAAUGAUUUUAAUAACUUUGGUAUUAAUUUGUUCAAUAACUCUGAUGUUAAGAAUAUGGGGUUGAAUAGGCAACCAUUUGUUGAAUUGUAUGAUUUAGAUAAAGAAGAAUGGAAUAAGGAGACUAGAUGGUGA